AUGAAGAUCAACCAACAACUUAGGUUUAUUGUCAUCCACAAGCAAGCUGACUCUCUGCACUCACUGAUUGCUGAUGGCCAAAACCGCGCCACUUCAAUGGGUCGUGAGAAGUGGAAAGAGUUGAUUGGUUUCCAAGGCUCAUUACAGAACAACUGCAACAAAGAAGGGUUCAAUGUCGUUUGUAGUUGGAGCGAAUUUUCUAAAGCCAGAAUUGGUAUUGUUAGCAACAACCAGGACGAGUGUUCCACGUGCGACUCAAGGAUCGGAUUUGGCACAGGAGGGAGGCCUGACAAUUUAAACUCGUGUGGUAAUGAGGCCAAUCAUGAAACAGAUAAUGGAAAGAAACAGAUCAAAGCCAUGGGAUACAUCUUGGUACAAUAA